AGGGUAACCUACAAUCGGAAGUUGUGAAGUUUGAUUUGUACUGUUUACUCCUCGUUUACUUGUUUUAGUCUCUUGUCUAUGUUCAAAAUGGACAGAGACCUCGACUACCUUGAUUUCGAUGAUGACAGUGACAAUGACCAUGCAGAAAGUUCAGACGAUGAGAUUGACAUCCUGCUGCAUGGAACGCCUGAGCAAAAGAGGAAGUUGACGAGACCCCAAACAGGUCAGAGAAGGGUCAAAGGUCAGGAAGAAGAGGAUGAUCUUGAUGAGUUUGAAAAAGAAAUGAAUGAGGAGCUUAAUGGCAGGGUGAAAGAGAUGGAAAGAAGGCGAGGAUCAUUCUCAGAGGCUGUGGGUUGUUCAAGCAAAACAGUUAUGGAUCUUGAUGCAGAGGAACCAGUGAAGUUUUAUGAUGAUGUCUACUUUGACUCUGAUGAAGAAGACAUGGUUAGCCAAGGGGACGCCGCUAAGAAUAAAAGAAAGCAACCAAGCAAUGAUGAUCUUCUGUACAACCCUGAAGAAGAUGACGACAAUGAGAAGUGGAUGGAGACCCAGCGGCGCUCAUACUUGCCCCACCCCCAACCUGGUCGCUCUCGCAAGCAGAAACCCCUGCCUAACAGUGAUGCUAUUUUGGAUUGUCCUGCCUGCAUGACAACAUUGUGUUUGGACUGUCAGAGACAUGAUGUUUACAACAAUCAGUACAGAGCCAUGUUUGUGUCCCACUGUAAGGUUGACACCAGUGAACUGCUCAAGUUUCCCAAAGGCAGUAAGUUGUCCAAGAAGCAGAAAAGAGUCCGCACUGGAGACAGUGCUGAGACAGCUGAUGAUGGCAACACUGGGGAAAUGUUCAACCCUGUCAAAUGUGAGGAAUGUAAUACAGUUGUUGCAGUGUAUGAUAGAGACGAAGUGUACCAUUUCUUUAAUGUGCUUGCCAGUUACUGAGAUCUCUGCUGUUAAUGGCCUUGGACUAGACAAUGAGCAUGAAAUUAUCUUCACUGUGCCAGCUGUCUACUGAGAUACAAUAUUUUUUUCUGUGCCAGCUGUCUACUGAGAUACCAUAUCUUCACUGUGCUAGCUGUCUACUGAGAUACAAUAUCUUCACUGUGCCAGCUGUCUACUGAGAUACAAAAUCUUUACUGUACCAACUUUCUACUGAGAAACAAUAUUUUCACAUUGCCAGCUGUCUACUGAGAUACAAUAUCUUCACUGUGCCAGCUGUCUACUGAGAUACAAUAUCUUCACUGUGCCAGCUUUCUACUGAGAUACAAUAUUUUCAUAGUGCCAGCUGUCUACUGAGAUACAAUAUCUUCACUGUGCCAGCUGUCUACUGAGAUACAAUAUUUUCACAGUGCCAGCUGUGUACCGAGAUACAAUAUCUUCACUAUGCCAGCUGUCUACUGAGAUACCAUAUUUUCACAGUGCCAGCUGUCUACUGAGAUACAAUAUCUUCACUGUGCCAGCUGUUUACUGAGAUACAAUAUCUUUACUGUGCCAGCUGUCUACUGAGAUACAACAUAUUCACUGUGCCAGCUGUCUACUGGGAUACAAUAUCUUCACUGUGCCAGCUGUCUUCUGAGAUACAAUAUCUUUACUGUGCCAGCUGUCUACUGAGAUACAAUUUCUUCACUGUGCCAGCUUUCUAGUGAGAUACACUAUCUUCACUAUGCCAGCUGUCUACUGAGAGCACAACUAAAAUGUGUUUGCAUUUUAUGUGCCAGCUAUUUCAUCAAGACCAGUUCUUAUAAGAGUUGUAGCUCACUCUGCUGGCACCUGCAUUAUGGCCGUCUUUCAUUCUGUAUUACAUGGCCAGCAUGCUGGUUAUUUAAUCCACCAUUUCUUGAGCGCAGUUACUAAAUAUUUUGUUCAAUGUAGCCUAUGUAUGAGUAUCCACAGUGAUACUAUGGUAUAUUGGACUAUAUCAGCCAAUAUUAAUGUGAAAAAUAAUUUAAAGUUUUUUACUUUACGUCAAUUAUUAUAUACAAUACCUGUUUGUGAACUAACGUCUAUGUAGUAAUACAUUAAGUGAUAGGACAUAAUAUUAUGUGUGAUACAAUAAUAAAACAUGCAGAACCUUGAAAAUAAUUUUGAAAUUAAUUAGUGUUUGUAUGAUAGUUGUUAUCUGUAAUGAUAGUUGUUAUCUGUAAUGAUUACGAUAUUUGUUAUCUGUAAGGGUUGACAUAUAAAAACGGGAUUGUACAGAA